AAAACGAGGCGGGGGCGGGCGGCGGGCGGCGUUUGCGCUUGCGCUGGGUUUGGCGGCUGCGGGCUGGAGCUGUAGGAGGGCGCGGGCGCGGGCGCACUCGCAAGGGGGUUUGCACCGAGGUACUGGCAGCGCGGCGAUGGGGAGCGGCGGCGUGAUCCACUGUAGGUGUGCCAAGUGUUUCUGUUACCCUACCAAGCGAAGAAUAAGGAAGAGACCCCAAAACCUGUCUAUCUUGAGUCUACCAGAAGAUGCGCUCUUUCAUAUUCUAAAGUGGCUUUCUGUUGGAGACAUCCUUGCUGUCCGAGCUGUAAACUCCCAACUGAAGUACUUGGUGGAUAACCAUGCCAGUGUUUGGGCAAGUGCUAGCUUCCAGGAGCUGUGGCCUUCUCCAAAGAACCUGAAGCUCUUCGAAAGGGCUGCUGAAAAGGGAAAUUUUGAAGCUGCCGUGAAGCUUGGCAUAGCCUACCUCUACAAUGAAGGCCUGUCUGUGUCUGAUGAGGCCCGAGCAGAAGUGAAUGGCCUGAAGGCCUCUCGCUUCUUCAGUCUGGCCGAGCGACUGAAUGUGAGCACCUCGCCUUUUAUCUGGCUUUUCAUCCGCCCGCCUUGGUCUGUGUCUGGAAGCUGUUGCAAGGCUGUGGUCCAUGAGAGUCUCAGGGCAGAGUGUCAGCUACAGAGAACUCAUAGAGCAUCCAUACUGCAUUGCUUAGGAAGAGUACUAAAUCUUUUUGAGGAUGAAGAGAAAAAGAGGCAGGCCCGUGACCUGUUUGAAGAGUCUGCUCAUCAGGGAUGUUUGGCCAGCUCGUACCUCCUCUGGGAAAGUGACAGAAAGACAGAUAUGUCAGAUCCUGGACGUUGCCUUCAUAGCUUCCGGAAACUCAGGGACUACGCUGCCAAAGGCUGCUGGGAAGCACAGUUGGCUUUAGCCAAAGCCUGUGCAAAUGGAAACCAGCUUGGACUAGAAGCAAAAGCCUGCAGUGAGGUAGUCUGCCAGUUGUUCCAGGCCUCCCAAGCUGUCAAUAAGCAGCAGGUCUUCUCUGUGCAGAAAGGACUCAACGACACAAUGAGGUACAUUCUGGUUGACUGGCUGGUAGAAGUUGCCACUAUGAAGGACUUUACGAGCCUGUGCCUUCAUCUGACAGUGGAGUGUGUGGACCGGUACCUAAGGAGGAGGCUGGUGCCCCGGUACAAGCUCCAGCUGCUGGGCAUCGCCUGCAUGGUUAUCUGUACUCGGUUCAUCAGUAAAGACAUCUUGACAAUUCGAGAGGCUGUGUGGCUCACAGACAACACCUAUAAGUAUGAGGACUUGGUGCGAAUGAUGGGAGAGAUCAUCUCUGCCCUGGAAGGGAAGAUUCGAAUCCCCACUGUGGUUGAUUACAAAGAAGUCCUGCUGACACUGGUCCCCAUGGCACCCAGAACUCAACACCUGUGCAGCUUCCUCUGUGAGCUCUCCCUACUGCACACCAGCCUGUCUGCCUACACCCCAGCCCACUUGGCCUCUGCGGCUCUGCUACUGGCCAGAGUGAUGCAUGGGCAGACACAGCCCUGGACCACUCAACUGUGGGACCUCACUGGGUUCUCCUGUGAAGACCUUAUGCCCUGUGUCUUGAACCUACAUAAAAAGUGCUUCCAUGACGACGCCCCCAAGGACUACCGGCAAGUCUCUCUGACUGCUGUGAAGCAACGAUUUGAGGACAAGCGUUAUGAGGAAAUCAACCAAGAAGAGGUGCUGAGCUACAGCCAGUUGUGUACAGCACUGGGAGUAAAAGAAAGCCCAGAGCCUGCAUCUUUCCUCAGUUCAGGGGAGAUCUGCCCUUUCCUCAGCUCUCCCUCUGAGAGGAGAACAAAGCGAAAGCGGGAGAACAGUAUUCAGGAGGACCGAGGCAGCUUUGUCACCACACCCACUGCUGAGCUGUCCAGCCAAGAGGAGACAUUGCUGGGCAGCUUCCUCGACUGGAGUCUGGACUGCUGCUCUGGUUAUGAUGGUGACCAGGAGAGUGAGGGCGAGAAGGAGGGUGACGUGACAGCUCCCAAUGGUGUCCUCGAUGUCACUGUGGUCUACCUAAACCCAGAACAGCACUGCUGCCAGGAAUCAAGUGAUGAGGAGGCCUGCCCAGAGGAUGAGGGAUGCCAGACGCCAGGCACUCAGACACCUCCAACGCCAGGGCCCAGGCCGAUUCUCUGCAAGAGGAAGCCUGGCAAGGACAUCAUGACCUCAGGGUACUCCUCUGUCAGUAGCACAAGUCCCACAAACUCUGUGGAUGGCAGCUCAGGGGACCCUCCACAAUCUACCUCAGUGCUGUCCCUGGGCAGCGACUCCAACACACAUCCUUGCCACCAUCAGGCCAAGAAGCCAUGUUUACAGUGUCGUCCCCCAACCCCCCCAGAGAGUACUCUUCCCCAGCGACAAGUGAAACGACAGAAUCUAUCUACUCACAGUGAUGAGGACAUGAACUUGGGCUUCCUGAAGCUGUGACUGUGUGUUAGUGUGUCUGUUGCAGUGAAUGUUUACCAAGGAGGGCUGCUGUUCUGCUAGGAUGGGUAGAGAUACCACAGGUGAGAACUGUAUAGAUCUGGGGGGGAUCCACAGAACAGAGGGUAACUUGUGGGUAUGGAGUUUCUCCAAGGGAUUCCUGUGCAAGCCCUCAGAAAGUCUUAUCAAUGUGAAAAAUCAACUCUUAGGAAAAUUAUGCCUCAAACUAGUCAUACCAUGCCAAGUGAAACCCACCUCUCUGUACUUCCUGUGUCCCACUGUCUUGAAAAUUAAACCUGUAUUUGUUCUGGUCUUCUCAGCUUCACAGAGCUCCAUGCCAGAAGCUGACAGCGUUCACACACACAAUGCAUGUGGUCCAGGUAUCCUGCCACAGCUUGAGUUCCUGGCUGGCAUCUCCCUGGUUUUGGAUCUCAGCAGGUAUUCAAUGCUGUACACUCAGCCACGUUGGCCUGCAUCAGAUAUCUACUCCUCUCUGGACAGUCAGCCUCAUGGCAAGGGUACCUGUGUCCUUAGACAUCUGUGUGGACUGUGCCAUGACUACCAGAUGUGGGAACCACAUUCCCUCCCUCUGGCAUACUCUGUCCCUCUUCCACAGUGUUUGUCUGUGUCUCUGUGGUAUUCAUAUGACAUUUUUCUUUGCACUGAAUUUCUGGGCCAUUUUUUUCCCAUUUCUAGAUUUCUUUAAACAUGAGAACAAAGUUAACAUUUAAAAUAGAGGUAUUAAAGCAAGAGAUGAAAAAAAAAAGCAAGAGAUGGUCAGCAUUAUUUAGGCUCAACUAAAAAAAGAAAAUCUGACAGCCUUUCCAUGCUAUCCUGGUACCUUGUUUCUACUUUUGUUUAUUUGUUUGGGGUGUUUUGUUUUUGUUUCUCUGGUUUUUUUUGUUUUGUUUUGUUUUGUUUUUGUUUGUUUUCAAUACUGGGAUUGAACCCAGAGUCCCCACUGAGCUACAUUCGUAACUCUUUUGAAUUUUUUUAUUUUUACAAAGUGUCACUAAGUUGCUCAGGCUGGGCCUGAAUUUGUAAUCCUCCUGCAUCAACUUCCCAGAGUGUUGGGAUUACAGGUAUGUACUACCUUGCCCUGCUUAUCCUAGCACUUUUUAUGCAAAAAGGUUUUUCCCAGAGGUUAGCCAGAAAAAAUUCAAGUCAUCUGUAAUAUCUGAGGUGAGCAAGAGACAGAAGAGCAGCCAGAAGAUUUGCCUUUGACUGAAUCCAACUGUAGAUCUACUGUGAAUUCUGUGGGGAACAAAGCAGAUCUGCCUUUCCUUUUGUGGAGCUGGAUCACUGCCUCACAAGAGACAGGGCUGGGGAUAUAGUUUAGUGGUAAAGCAUUUGCCUACUAUGCAUUAACCCUUGGCUUGUGAGCCUUAUAGGAAGCACCCCAAACACUGCCUGGGGAGUCUGGAAGGUCAGUCACAAAUACAUCAGCUCUGCUAGGGUGCACUCUUAUUUCCUCUUGAAUGUAACAAAGAACCAGUGGCUAAAUGCUUUUGAACCAGGGACAUACAGGGAAGGGGGGAAGUUGACUCAGUGUUCACUUUGCUUUGUGCUUGUGUGUAUGUGACUGUGUCCAUGGCAACUGUCUUUGCUACUGUAAGAAAAUUCUAACCAAGUCAGGUGUGGUGGUGCACACCUAACAUCCCAGCACUCAGGAAGCUGAGGCAGGAGGAUCAUUGAAAGUUUGAGACCAGCCUGGGAUACCAAAGUGAGCUCAAGGCCAGCCUGAACUGCAUGCUGAAACUCUAUCUCAAAAAUGUUUAAAAAACCAACCAAUCAACAAACAAAAAAAUACCCUGGCUGGGGCAUGGUGGGGAUGAGGCCCCAGGUAAUGGAAUUGUAGACCUGUCCUGACUUCCCCUGGGUGUAUGUGAGCCUGUUCCUCAUCUGUAAGAUGGGGCAAUAAUACCUACCUCACAGGGGUGUUGUGAGGAUUAAAUGUAUUGACAGUUGCA